UUUAGUGGAAAUUUGAUCAACGAUCUAUUCGUGUAUGACUUUACAUUUGCUUCUGAACAUUAAGAGAUACAAGUUUCUUAUUUUUUAUUAAAAAAUAACACAAUGUUGGCAAAAAUAAUUUUCGUCUGUUUCCUAAUGACUGGUGUCAUGUCAUUCCCUAAGGAUGACCAUGAUACCGAACUUCUCAACACAAUCCUGGGAUCUGGAACAAAUAUGUUAAAAGAAUUUUCAAGACUAACCACAGAUGACGAUAGAUUCUCCUUGGACUUGAACGCUUUGUAUAAAAAAUACGAAAUCGCAUCAAAAGCUGACCAAGCUAGAAGCUUUUUGCAAACACAGUUUAAAAGAGGAGCUGAACUCACUAAUGAAUACAUAAAGAAGGUCGAUAUUGAAAGUGAAGAUCAGUUAAAGAAAAGUAUUGAUAUAAUUAAAAAGGAAGACUCCGUAUUAGGAGAUAAAUUAACUAAAUUCUACGAAAAGUCCUGUGACUUGGAUAGAGUAUCUGAAGAUAUUAUUAAGUACGUAUUGGACGCAGAUAAAAUUAAUGGUGCAUAUGAGAAGGCCAGGGCUGCACUUCGUCCAAUAGAACACAAAUUGGCUGAAUCAGUCAAGAAAUUCGAGACUAUCAUUCUUGAACAUCUGCCAAAGAAGGGAAAGAACUAAGAAUAUUUCAAUAAAAACAACAAUUAAACAAUA